GCCUAUCUGCCAUGGACUAAGAACACUAUUUUGCAGGCACGAGUCACGCACGUGAUAAAGAUCAGAGCAACACGCUUCCAUGGACUUGCUUUCUUGGGCGGAAGAUACUUCUCAUUUUGUGUUCCAUUUGGUUAUGAUAUUAAGGCUAAUUCAUGUCCAUGCAAAUAUUUUUUAAUGUAUAUAUAUAUAUAUAUAAUGAAAUAAUUUUUGGGUUUAGAAGGGAAAUAUAUAUGUAAUAAAUUCAAAGCUGCGUGUGUGAAUGGAAACAUGCAACUAAAUGGUCGUCAUGUCGAUCGCCAAUAUUGCAUGCACUGCCUGCGGAUCCGUCAGGAUUCCAUUGCCGGAAAUAGAAACGGGGUCGUGCCAGCUAUAAUGAACGGUCAGGAUACCUUCUUCGACGAUGGAGCUUUUGAUCCGACGAUCGUGGUUGAUUUGGAGACCGUAGGUCACACUGGACGGGAAUCUUGUCUUUGGCCAUGCCUCAAUAUUUGGAUCCUCUCCAAUCUUGGCGAACACCAAAGUGUCCUUUACUAAAAUGUCGAUCGUCCACCGUGGUGGGCGCCAGCGAUCGCCAAUGGAUGGAUGUUUGCAAUUUUAGGUGGGAGAGUUGGAGAGGAUCCCCCCAAUAGGGGAUGCAGCCACCAGCUAAUUGUAGCCGUUUAAGGAAACAUCCAGCUGCUAUUUCUAUUAACGAAAACACCAACCUCUUCAUCGGAAUAUAUUAUGCGCAGGGGAGAGUAGGGUAGCCGGCCCAGCCAAAGAUCUCUUCUUCUUCGCCGAGGAAUCCGAGAGGACCGUUGAAGACUAGAACAAUGGCAAUACAUCAAAGCACAAAAAUUGCACUUUGUGUGGCUUUUCUUGGGUGUCUGUCUUUCUUACUUGGCAUACUUGCAGAAAACAAAAAGCCUGCACAAGGAACUCCAAUCAUAGGAAAGGAUGUUGUUGUCUGCAAGUACCCAAGUGAUCCGGUAAUUGCAUUUGGAUCUCUAGCUAUUGUGUCACUCCUGCUUUCUGCUAUUGUAGGACACGUCGCAGUUUACUUCCCAUACAAAGGCAAGUCUGUUCCAACCUCUAGUUUGUUCCAGAACACUACAUUGUUCGUCUUCUUCAUCAUUGCAGAGGCUGUUACAACUUUGGCUCUGGUGAUGUUGAUGUGGGCAACCAUCACCGAAGGCCUUCAUCGUUCUCGCAACGUUCAUCACGAUCUCGAAUACCUCUGCCCGACAGCGAAGACUGGUCUCUUCGGCGGUGCUGCUUUUCUUGCCCUCGAUGCUGCCCUCUUUUGGCUCAUCUGCCAAAUGUUGACGCUCAAUGCCAGAGCUGAUUACUUUGACGAGGACGAUCCUAAAGGGGAGUACGGACAGGUUUAUGCAGAUGAGUUAGAGAACACUGAGAACAAGCAUUCAUCAGUCUAGAUGUGAACAAGAAGCAACUUCUAGUCGAGAGACAUUUCUUCUCUCUGCAUUGUUAUUCUCUGUUUCAUGACAGACAUUGUUUGGUUGCCUCUGUUAAUAUGCCAAUGCAUAGUUAUCACUUUAACAUCUCCAA